CCAGCUCAGCCCAAGACGCACCCCGGCGCUGGGAGCACUGGCCGCGGGCUGGCAGGGGCAGCCAUGAGGGAUGUGCUUGGGUGUGGGUACCGGCGGAGCCUCGUCCAUCUUGCCUGGAUGUGCCUGUUCUCCUCCGUGCCGAACGGCGGGGCCAAGGUGCUGGAGAAGACCUUCGAGGAGUGGAUGCGGUACCGUGACGAGUGCUUGAGGAGGAUGGCGAGCGAGCCCUACCCGGCAGGGCUCUUCUGCAACCGGACAUUCGACAUGUAUGCCUGCUGGCCCGAUGGGAGCCCCGGCACCGCCGUCAACGUCUCCUGCCCCUUCUACUUACCCUGGUUUGAGAAAGUGAAACACGGGCUGGUGAGCCGCAGGUGUGGCACCGACGGGCAGUGGGUGACGGUGAACGGCAGCCAGCCCUGGCGGGACUACUCGCAGUGCGAGGAGGAGAUGGAGUCCACCGAGGAGGAGGAGGGUGCCCGCCGGCUGAUGGUGAGCUUCAAGGUGCUCUACACCGUGGGGUACUCGCUGUCGCUCCUGACCCUCGUCUCUGCCCUGCUCGUCCUCACCGUCUUCAGGAAGCUCCGCUGCACCAGAAAUUACAUCCACGCCAACCUCUUUGCCUCCUUCGGGCUGCGGGCGACCUCGGUGAUGGUGAAGGACGCGCUGCUGGAGAAGCGCUGGGGCAUGGAGGUGGUGCAGGUGGCCGACUGGGAGGCUCUGCUGAGCCACGAGGCGGCGCUGGGCUGCCGGGCGGCGCAGGUGCUGAUGCAGUACUGCAUCCUGGCCAACCACUACUGGUUCCUGGUGGAAGCCGUCUACCUCUACAAGCUGCUGAUCGGGGCCGUCUUCUCCGAGAAGAAUUACUACAGGCUCUACCUCUACCUGGGCUGGGGGACCCCCGUGGUGUUCGUGGUGCCCUGGAUGGCCGCCAAGUACCUGAAGGAGAACGCAGAGUGCUGGGCGCUGAAUGAGAACAUGGCUUACUGGUGGAUCAUCCGCAUCCCCAUCCUGCUUGCCUCCCUGAUCAACCUGCUGAUCUUCAUGCGGAUCCUCAAGGUCAUCCUGGCCAAGCUCCGUGCUAACCAGAAGGGCUACGCGGAUUACAAGCUGCGGCUGGCCAAAGCCACGCUCACCCUCAUCCCCCUCUUCGGGAUCCACGAGGUUGUCUUCAUCUUCGCCACCGACGAGCAAACGACGGGCAUCCUGCGCUACGUCAAGGUGUUCUUCACCCUCUUCCUCAACUCCUUCCAGGGCUUCCUGGUGGCCGUGCUGUACUGCUUCGCCAAUAAGGAGGUGAAGUCAGAGAUGAAGAAGAAGUGGCAGCUCUGGAAGCUUGACCACCCGGCGCUCUGCUGCGCCCAGUGAUGCGGCAACCGGCGCCGCAGAGCCGGAGAGUGGCUGCUGGCCGCAACGGGUACCGGGGCCCGGCUGGAGGACAGGACACCAUGGGGAAGCCGUGCAGCGGCAGCACCCACCUGGGAUGGCCAGGCUGGGACCAGUGUCUCAGCUGUGCCGCACCUGAGAGCACUGGAGCUGCUGGAGGGCAUGUCCCCCCCGCUGCGGUCCGAGGGGGAGGCAAGCAUCCUUGGCUCUUACCAGACAUCGCUGCCCCCUCAGAAGAGCCUCACCUCACUUGGGCUUGGUGAGCUGCACGGGGAGAUACGCCUGCUGCUUUCUACCACUGCCUGAACACCAUCAGCUACCUCUGUUGGCAUCCACCAGACGUGCUCAUGGAAAACCCCCUUCCCAUCCGCAUCAACCUGGGCACCUGCAGAAGGGGGUGAUGGCAGCUGGAGAGGGAGCCUGGCCAUCAGCAGAGGGCAAGCAGCGGGGAAUGGGAGACGCUGCUCAGCCCGGCACUGCCGCCCAGACCUGCUGCCCCAGCGCCCGGAUGAACGAACACCUCCUGCUGCACCCUGGGCCAUGCCAGCGCUGCUCCAAUCCAGGGCACAACCUUCCUACUCUCCUUGCCCUAAGCAAGGGCCAUCUCACCAAGACCCUGAGAGCUCCCAGACAUCCAUCCCAGAGUCAUCCUGCAAAGCUCUUCAUAGCGAGCUGCUGCCUCUGCACCUUCUCACCACCCUCAUCGCUGAUGCAGAACACGGCAUCGGCACCUGCCUCCCUUCUCGCUGCUCUCCAGCUGCACAAAACACCAGGUUUCCUCCUCUCCGAGCUCCUCCUGCAGCAGAUCCCCCCAUAGCCCCCCAUCGCAGCGAGCAGAGCCAAGGCAGCAGGCACGCAUGUAGUUUCCCGCAGCGCUUGAGCACUUUGACUGUUGUAUUCACCCUAUGUGUUAAGGGCAGCACUGCUUCUCCUUUGGUGGCAGGGGAAAAAUCAUAAGGGAGAGUGAAGGACUUGAGAGCAUCAGCUUGCUGGGAGCUGAGCCCGACCUCCCGUGCGUCCCUGGCCCAGCGUCCAGCCCAGCCACCUCCCCCUUUGCAGCAGGGAGAGCUGUGAAGUCCCGGGCAGGAACCACGCUCAGCUCAGGAACAGUUUUGCUGGCAAAAGGCUGGACCUUUCUGGGCCCAAGAUGGGUUCAAGAUGGUUGCUUUCCGGUAGGGUGCCAAAGCACCAGCUGCCUACCCUUGCGAAGCAGCUCGGUGAGCCUUAGGAAGCCCAGGAGCAUCUACGCCUCUGCAAGCGAAGCAUCCGAGGCUAUGCGGUUUGAGCAGUGCUGUUCACACAUGGCUGCAUGCAUCUGGCUUACGGCUCCUUCCCUGGGGCUGGCCCUGGUGCUCUCCAGUAAGAGCCGAGAGCAGCAGCAGAUGCCACCACCCCCCCGGCCCCCUUGCUCUUACCUUCAGUAGCAGGACAGACGUGCUGCCGAGUCUGUCGUUCCUACUGCGCAAUGCUUUACCUUGCAAAAAAAGGCCACUCCAGCCGGAGGGAGAAAGCAGCUCUUACUCUCCACUACAUGCAAGCGGACACGGGUGGUUCUCCAUCUCCAGCCCCCUUCGCGUACAGGCUGGGGGAGAGCCUCUUGCAGAUGCAGCGUCUCAAGGAGGGUUGCCUUGAGCGCAGAAAGGAAAGAGGCUGCGCCAGGCUCAGCUGCAGCUGGGUUCAAGGCUGGAGAGUCAUGCAGGAGUUUUCUGGGAUCAGUGUAACCCCUGUGAGACCAUUUUGCACAUUAACUCUCUUUUCAGAUGUAAAUAAACGUUUAUUUUUCAGCAAGCAGAGCAUGCUGCUUCUGUCUGCUGUGAGGGAGGGAGACAGCU